CAAACACGCCUCCUCGCUCUGUCGUGCAAGCUGUCAUGUACCAAAUGGUAAGGUACAGUUGUGUUUUAACAAACCGUUUUCUGACACGUUAAAUGCUUUUUAACAUCGACAUGUUCUGAAUCGUUUCUUUUUCAAUGACUGCUCACCUGAACAGCUGUCUAUAUGACAAGAUGCUUCUCCAGACGUUGUGGUCCAGACUGGGAGCACAGCGGCCUCUAGCGAGGAAACCAGUCUGCAUCUAUGCCUCGGCCAGUCUCUCCCAGUCCAUCCAACCACAUAAGUAUGAAUCCAAACAUAGGACUCACUCAGACCUGCCUGGCCCAGGGAGCUUUUCAAGGACCUGUUAUUCAAACACUUUUCACCAACAGCAGACGCAUGUAAGACAUGUGCUGCCUACUUUAGGUGUAUUUAAAAGUUUUAACAGCACUGUGUUUGUUGAACCUGGGAUGCUGAAUAAGUGUGGAAGUGGACAGAAUCGAUUUUAUUCAUCACACCUUGUGAAGUCGAUGUUAAAAUCGAGUAUAAAACCAGUGACGGUGCCUGGAAAGAGGAUUCCCAAAGGACCAAGAACAAAACAACCUUCUAGAGCCAAUCAGCCUGAGGACACGGAUAUGAUGCAAUGUAUUGCCUUUGCAACAGCAGAUCAGUAUCAUUUGCCAACACUCUGCCAUGACUUGAUAAGCCAUGGCUUCAAUGAGCUAGAUUUACCAAGAGAUGCCUCUAAUGUGCUGGUGAUAAGCACAGACAUGACUGCAAAACCAGAUGACAGUGCUCUCAUGUUCUUCUUCAGGGAAGGCUCAGUAGUUUUCUGGAAUGUUGAGGAGAAAACGAUGAAAAAAGUGAUGAGAAUAUUGGAACAUCAUGAGAUCCAGCCCUAUGAAGUAGCCUUAGUCCACUGGGAAAAUGAAGAGAUUAACUACACUGUUGGAGAAGGAAAUACAAAGCUUGAGCGUGGCUGCUUUAUUCUGAGCGAUGAGAUUGAUCACGAUGAAGCUGUUCUGGAGAAAUUUGCAUUUUCAAAUGCACUGUGUCUGUCAGUGAAGCUGGCGAUAUGGGAGGUGUCAUUAGACGACUUUGUAGAGUCAAUUCAAUCAAUUCCAGAGAUACUUAAGUCUGGCAAAAGAGUUAAGCUGUCCUCUGCAGAGGUUAUGCAGAAAAUAGGAGAGCUUUUCUCAUUAAGACACUGUAUAAACCUGAGGUCUGACCUGCUUCUCACACCUGAUUUUUACUGGGACCGAGAAAACCUGGAAAAACUCUAUGAUAAGACCUGCCAGUUCCUCAGCAUCAACCGCAGGGUCAAUGUUGUGAAUGAGAAGCUGGAGCAUUGCACACAGUUGACAGACCUGAUGAGGAGCCAUCUGAAUGAGAAGCACAGCUUCAGGUUGGAGUGGAUGAUAGUCAUACUCAUUACUAUAGAGGUUAUGUUUGAACUUGCAAAAAUGAUCUUCUGAACUGCUCUCCAAAAAAGCACAAAUCUAGAGCACUAGACACUACAAAGCAAGAAUGCUGGACUACACAAAGGUACUCUGUCAGAAGUAUGUGACAAUGUUUUCCAGAAGAAACUGGAAUGAUGAAGUGGACCUAAUCAUUUCUGAACGUCUUACUGGCAAUGCUGUAUAGUGUAUACAUUUAAGCAACACACAAUAAAUCUUUUUUUUUCAUACCAUUUCUUUACAACUUUCCUGGAGAUCGUGGCUCGAGGGCUUUGCAGGAUAUUAUAUACAUUUACUGUCAAAGUGCAUCAGUGGGACAUCUUUAACUUUUCAGAUCAGCUGAUUACACAGUGAUGAGUUUUGUUUUCUGAAUUUAUGUGUCAAGAAAUAUCAUUUCAUUUCUACAUCAUGUGCAAAAUUCUGUGUAUCUUGUCCAGUAGAAAUAUACUGUUUUUAAAGAACUUGCAGAGGCUCUCACUGCAAUACAUAUCAUUAUUCUUGUGACUGAACACUAGCAGAGAAAAAAAGAAAACAAUGCAGGAUUGAAUCCAAAAUCAUCAAAUCCCAAACUACAACUGUGAGUGCUGUGUUAUAGAGAACGUAAUAAAGUACUUAUUUGUUUUAAAUGUU